UCCAGCGGCACAUCUUUGAUUAUGAUUCGAUGGAAUGCUUGGUCUUUGUCGAGGAUUUGCAGGAGAUCUCCGGGGAAAGUCCUGGGGGAUCCGCCAUCGCCCAGCAACCGCCCGGCGGCAAAAAGCACACGCGCCUUAAAGAAACCCUCAUCGACUGCGACUUCUCCUCUCCCCUUCAAUCACUUUCAAGACCCCCAUACUCCGUCGACUCUGUCGCCAUGCUUGUUCCUGUUCCAGAGCUGCCCGAGCGUACGGAAAUGCGCAAAGCCCUGCGCGACCUCAUCAACCAUGUUACCAACCUUCAAGUUGAUCAGAUCAGCAUGUUCCCAUCUGAGAUCGAUCAGCUUCGCUUUGAGUGUAUGGCCCUGGAUGAAAAGUCCGCAGAUAGGCCUUCCUUCUUUACUCCGCUACCCGCGUCUCUCUUGCGGGACCCGGAUGAUGACUUUGACCGGGAGUAUGAGAUGAAAUAUCAGACCUUUGAUUCCGCACCCGAUGAUCUCAGAGGUCCAAAGAGCUGCGCAAUGAGGAUCGACGAUUACUUCUCCCAUUACGCCGGUCAUUGUUCCUAUAUUAUUCCCAAAGAGGACCUCGUCUGGUCUUCAGUAAACUUUGAUAUUGUGGCUCCCUAUCUCAAUCUGCAUCGGUAUGCACACCCUGAGUUUGGAACGACAUGGGUUGAAGAGGUCCGUAAGGGACCUUAUUCACAGGUGAAGACCACUAUUUACAACAACCUGAAUGCCGAUGAUGAGCACAUUCUCGAGGGAGAACUGCUUUCUGUCUUGCGUUUAAUGAUGGCCCACCUGCGAAGGGGCCGAUUUGUCGAUCAUAUGAUCGCACCCGUGAUGGCUUUUUCUUUCAUGGGUCCCCAGCAUGCUCGUGUUAUCGAAGGCUACAUGGAAGGCCAUACUGUCGUAGUACGUCCCAGCAAGUUGUAUGACCUCCGUACCAAAGACGAGGCAGCUUUCAAGACAUUGGCCGAGUGGUACUUUGGAAAACCACGUGGACCCACGCUGCCAUCCUGAUGGGUCCACCGUGGCCUCUUCGCAAGGAUCUUUUUUGCUUUCUAUUCUUUUAUCAAGGGAGCGCUGGAGCUGGGGAGGGAUAUGGACUGUUCCGGUUGGCGUUUUGGUUUAAUCCUGAUUUGAUUGAUUGUGGGUGCACCUUUGGAUUGGGAGUAUCUUUGUUAUUGCUACAGAUUGACGUCGUGAAUGAUACCCCCAGGAACAAUGUGAUUUUUGAUCUCUGAGACACUCCAUCUCCGCCGGCCAUUGGACAUUGGCUUUUGUUGUGUAAUUCUGGGAACUAGAACUAAAGGCUCGCCUAUACCAUUCCUUGCAUGAUUGUCUGCCAAUGUUGCAGAGGUUAAAGGGACAGUUGCAUCUUUAUGUUUACUGGCUAACGGGCUA